AUGCGACUCUCCAAAACCCUCGUCGACAUGGAUAUGGCUGACUACAGUGCCGCUCUGGACCCAGCCUACACCACCCUGGAGUUUGAAAAUGUGCAGGUGUUGACCAUGGGCAAUGACACAUCCCCGUCUGAAGGCGCCAACCUCAACUCAUCCAACAGCUUGGGCGUCAGUGCCCUGUGUGCCAUCUGUGGAGACCGGGCCACAGGCAAACACUACGGGGCCUCAAGCUGUGACGGGUGCAAGGGAUUCUUCAGGAGGAGUGUGAGGAAGAACCACAUGUACUCCUGCAGGUUUAGCCGGCAGUGUGUAGUGGACAAAGAUAAGAGGAACCAGUGCCGCUACUGCAGACUCAAGAAGUGCUUCCGGGCUGGCAUGAAGAAGGAAGCCGUCCAAAAUGAGCGGGACCGGAUCAGCACGCGGAGGUCAAGCUACGAGGACAGCAGCCUGCCGUCCAUUAAUGCGCUCCUGCAGGCAGAGGUCCUGUCUCAGCAGAUCACCUCUCCCAUCUCUGGGAUCAACGGCGACAUUCGGGCCAAGAAGAUCGCCAACAUUACAGACGUGUGUGAGUCCAUGAAGGAACAGCUGCUGGUUCUGGUGGAGUGGGCCAAGUACAUCCCGGCCUUCUGUGAGCUCCUUCUAGAUGACCAGGUAGCCUUGCUCAGAGCCCAUGCCGGUGAGCACCUGCUGCUCGGAGCCACCAAGAGAUCCAUGGUGUUCAAGGACGUGCUGCUCCUAGGCAAUGACUACAUCGUCCCUCGGCACUGCCCAGAGCUAGCAGAGAUGAGCCGUGUGUCCGUGCGCAUCCUCGAUGAGCUGGUCCUGCCCUUCCAGGAGUUGCAGAUUGAUGACAAUGAGUAUGCUUGCCUCAAAGCCAUCAUCUUCUUCGACCCAGACGCCAAGGGCCUGAGCGACCCGGGCAAGAUCAAGCGGCUGCGGUCCCAGGUCCAGGUGAGCCUGGAGGACUACAUCAACGACCGCCAGUACGACUCUCGGGGCCGCUUUGGCGAACUGCUGCUGCUGCUGCCGACCCUGCAGAGCAUCACCUGGCAGAUGAUCGAACAGAUCCAGUUCAUCAAGCUCUUUGGCAUGGCCAAGAUCGACAACCUGCUGCAGGAGAUGUUGCUUGGAGGGUCUGCCAGUGAUGCACCCCACGCCCACCACCCCCUGCACCCUCACCUGAUGCAGGAACACAUGGGCACCAAUGUCAUAGUUGCCAACACGAUGCCCUCUCACCUCAGCAAUGGACAGAUGUGUGAGUGGCCCCGACCCAGGGGGCAGGCAGCCACCCCUGAGACUCCACAGCCAUCUCCGCCAAGUGGCUCAGGAUCUGAACCCUACAAGCUCCUGCCAGGAGCCAUUGCCACCAUUGUCAAGCCCCCCUCUGCCAUUCCCCAGCCAACUAUCACCAAGCAAGAAGUCAUCUAGCAAGCCGCUGGGGGUCGGGGGUUCUGCUGGCUCACACCCUCAGAGAGCGCCUGGGUGUCACUUAGUCACAGCAAGGAAGAUGUGACAAGAGGGCCAGUCACGGAGCAUCCACGGAAAGGGUGCAGGGCCCGA